UCGAAUCCCACCUGAAACCAAGUAAGAAGAAGAAGAAGGAGAAGAGAAACCCCCAAAAAACCCUACGAAAAUGUUGAGGCUGGUGACGAAGAGGCUCCUCCAGGGCUCCCGCGAGGCCCAGCUGCCGGCGGUGAUGGCUGCGCCGCGUCGUUUCUACCACGAGAGGGUGGUGGACCACUACGACAACCCCCGCAACGUCGGCUCCUUCGACAAGAACGACCCCUCCGUCGGCACCGGACUCGUCGGCGCUCCCGCCUGCGGUGACGUCAUGAAGCUCCAGAUCAAGGUCGACGAGCAGGGCAAGAUUACCGACGCCGUCUUCAAGACAUUCGGCUGUGGCUCAGCCAUCGCCUCCUCCUCCGUCGCUACCGAAUGGGUGAAGGGUAAGCAAAUGGAGGAAGUGCUGACCAUUAAAAACACGGAAAUCGCAAAGCAUCUCUCUCUUCCUCCAGUCAAGCUACACUGCAGCAUGCUUGCUGAGGAUGCCAUCAAGGCUGCCGUGAAAGAUUACCAAACAAAGCAGACUAAAACAACAAAUGGCAGCUCAGAGGCCUCACCUGUGGGGAAGGCUGCUAGUGCCUAAAUACUAUGUUGAAUGAUGAUGAAAAAAAACCUGAUGUCCAGUUACUGAUUAGCUUGGUAGUUGGUUGCUGCAAUAAUGGUUUAUUGGAUUAGAUUGGCAUCAAGUUGUAUGUUCUGAGUACCAAAAAGAUACGUUCUUUUCCUUUUGUGUUGAACAGACCACUUUACAGUCGUAAUGCAAAUUAAAUAUGAAGGCGGCUUCGGUUUUUCUUU